AUGCCAUCCUCGCCUGGUGCUUUUGCUGAAGGGAGUCCUUUUAUUAUGCCAGAUACUUCUUUCGGCGUAACAUAUUCUUCCGAUGGAGGAUUUACAAGGUCACGUAAUCUUUGGAUUGAGUUGGUGACUUCAGGUGAUGGUGGGCCCGGAUUGUUUUGGAACUGGGCUGACAUUGUGUCUGCGAAAAGUUCUGCCUUUAAGUUAGUGUCGUAG